AUGGGACGAAACAACCUCAAUGUCUACUCUGGGCCUCAGUCCGUGAGGGAAUUUUUUGACCCCGAAUGCCAGCCUCCCCUGCCUUUGGUCGAGAUUCCCGACUGCCUCAACCCCAAUCGCGCCGAUGGCGUCCGCAUCUAUGCCAAAAUGAUGUCGAUGCACCCGGCCACCAAUGUCAAGGUCAUGCCAGCCAUGAAUCUGCUGGAAAAGGGCGUUGAGCCCGGCAAGACCAAGACCAUUGUGGAAAGCAGCUCGGGUUCGACCGUGAUAUCAAUGGCCAUGGUGGCCCGGGCUUUCCACGGCAUCGAUGAUGUCCAUGCGUACCUCAGCAACAAGACGAGCCAGACCAAAGUGCGCCUUAUGCAGUUUUUCGGACUUGACGUCACUCUGUUUGGGGGCCCGGCCCAGCCAACCCCCGUCGACGAAAGGGGUGGUAUCCGAGCCGCCUCUCGAAAGGCCAUGGAGUCCGACUCAGUCUGCAGUCCGAACCAAUACCAGAAUGACAAUAACUGGAAGGCCCAUGAACGCUGGACAGCUCCGCAAAUUCACCAGCAGCUUCCCGAUAUCAAUGUUAUUGCGGCCUCCAUGGGAACCGCUGGAACAAUGACCGGGCUUGGUAUGUACUUCGGGAAAGCGAAGCCAUCGGUUUACCGCAUUGCUGUGUGCACCGAUGCGGGAGACAGGGUUCCCGGGCCCCGGGAAUUCUCCCUCAUGAGCGAGGUCAAGUUCCCAUACAAGUCGGCUGUCGAUGUCAUCGAAGAGGUAGGCUCGAAAGACUCCUACUCUCUUUCGCUCGACCUCACCCGCCAGGGCAUCGUGUGCGGGCCAUCCUCUGGAUUCACGCUCCAGGGUCUCCUGCAACGUAUCGAAAAGAAGAAGCAGGAUGGCACUCUGUCGCAGCUGGCAGGCCCCAAUGGCGAGAUCAACUGCGUCUUCAUGUGCUGCGAUCUCCCAUUCCAAUAUCUGAAUGAAUAUUUUGACAAGCUGGGCCCUGAGAAGUUUCGGCCAGUGCGAAACGAGAGACUCCGGCAUGUCGACUUGUAUCGCUACGACGAUGCCUGGGAGCGAGAGGCCAUGGACGCCCUUUCAACCUUCUUCACACUUCAUCCCACCAACAGCCGAGACACGGCACUUUGCCUGGCUGGCAACUGCGUCGACGAGUUGGAAAGAGUCCUGGUCGCAAAGCCAAACACGCAGAUUCUUGAUUUCCGCAGAGCCGCUGAUUUUAACGCUUUCCACCUGCCCAACUCGGUCAACAUUCCCCUCGAAGUCUUGAAGAAUGGCGCAACGCGUGGCAGCCCCUUCGCAGACCCCGUCGGCGACUGCACAAUGCUCGAGGAACUGUGGCUUGAGCUAGAAAGGCUUUUCACCAUCAAAGACAAGGAUGGAGUGCGGAACCCCAGUGCAGAAGCCCUGAUGGCCAUCCUCCGGGGCAAGAGAAUCCUGACCAUGUGCUACGACGGAGAUAGCGCCAGGGUGGCCAAUAGCGUCUUGCGUGCCAAGGGAGUCGACUCCCAAAGCGUCCGGGGCGGAUUUGCGGCGCUGGCCAAGCUGCAUCUUCCAGACACUGGCUCGUCGCAGCAGUCGACUCGAGUCGUGUCCGUGGAAGCUUGA